CUCUCUCUCUCUCUCUCUCUCUCUCUCUCUCUCUCUCUCUCUCUCUCUCUCACACUUUUAUACUUCUAUCCUCAGGUCAAAGAGAACAAGGCUUGCAACGAGACCAAACAAUGCGUGGACUUCGCCAUCUGCCACUCCAGUGACCCGGACAAGCCCUUUGAAGACUUCUGCACGUGUAUCGACGGCUACUACCCCAUGGACGGUUACUGCCACAAGCAGAUCGAUGCCGGUCUGGCCUGCAACGAUACCAUACAGUGCACGGACAAUGCCGUUUGCCGAGACAAAGGAUCGCGGGGCAGUGUUUGCGAGUGCGGCAGCGAUUACUAUCAAUCUUUCGGGAAGUGCAACCCCCUGGUCCCGGCCGAUCUGCCGUGUAAAACUACGGAGAUGUGUACCCAUAAUGCAACCUGUGUGCCGGAUGUGCCGGAGAGUUUAUGCCGCUGCAAUCCGACUUUUUACAAAGAGCUCGGCAGGUGCCGCCGCGAAAUCGACGCCGGGUCGGAGUGCAACGGUACUGAACAGUGCACGUCCGACUCCAAGUGUGUGAUGAACGCCACGACCGGUGCGAAAGAGUGCGUGUGCAACCUGCCUCACUACAACGAAGACGGCGAGUGUUUAGCGGAUAUUCCCGCGGGCAUCAACUGCGAUGCGAGUUAUAAAUGUACGACCCAUGCUUACUGUGAGUUCAACGGGUUUAUCCUGGUUUGCAAGUGCUACCCGGAGUACUUCGAGCAGGGAGGGUACUGUGUGAAGAGGAAGAAUGUGACGUCACCGUGCACGGCGCCUGGUCAGUGUAUCAUUGGCGCGGAGUGCGGCUUGGUCAACGGUCGAGCGGAGUGUAUGUGUAAGCCCCAGUAUUAUAGAGAGGACCUGACUUGUGUGAAGAGGGUCCCCCCCGACCAGGAAUGUUCUGACGUUGGACAGUGCGUGAAGGACGCUGAGUGCGAUUUGAGCUCAGUUGCUGCUGCUUCUUCUUCUUCCUCCUCCUCCUUAUCUUCUUCCUCCUCCUCCUUAUCUUCCUCCUCCUCCUCCUCCUCGUCCUCCUCAUCUGUCGGCGGUAGUAGCACAGGUGUUUGCAAGUGCGAUGAAGGCUUCUACAUGAACGGCGACUCAUGCGAGAAGCUGAUCGAGGCGGGGAACGAGUGUGUUGUGGAGGGCUCGUGUAUCCCCGACGCCGAGUGCUCACCGGUUCCCGGGGGGAGAGUCUGCCUCUGCCGGCCCCAGUUCUAUCAGGAAGGCUCGCAGUGCGAGCGAAGAAUCAACGCGACCAACCCCUGCGUGAGAAAAGACCAAUGCGUGGCGAACGCCGAGUGCGUGAAGGAUAACGAGAACAUGUUCGGACCGCUAGCCACGAUGUCUUGUCAGUGCAAGGAGGGCUUCUACACGUCCGGACAGCUGCAAUGCGAGCCUGUGAAGAACGCCUCCGUGCCGUGCUCAGAAGUAGGUCAGUGCAUCCCCGGCGCUGAGUGCAUGGGCCAGCCCGGCCGUGAGGUAUGCACGUGCGUGGAAGAUUUCUACCAGGACGGGAAUCUGUGCUACCGGCUGAAGAACGCCAGCCUCCCGUGUUCGAAUCUCGGACAGUGUAUCCCCAGCGCCGAAUGCCUCGGGUUUUCUCCGUCCGUCAACGGAACCUGCACCUGCAGAACUGGAUUUUAUCAGGACGGGCUGGAGUGCCAAGACCUCAAAAACGCCAGCACACCUUGUGAAGGCAGCGAGCAGUGUAUCUUUGGAGCUAAAUGUCGUGCUGUAGGAAGGAAAAUGCUUUGCGUGUGCGAUGCGGGUUAUUACGAAGACGGUAGCCACCUGUGUCAAGAUCUCAUCAACGCGAGUCUACCUUGUAGCGGACCUGGACAGUGCAUCUCCGGCGCCAGCUGUGUGUCAAGUGUGGGCGACCUUGGACUUGACCUUGACCCCUUGACCUCCUCUUGUGAGUGCGACCUAGAUUUCUACGAGGACGUCAACAAUCUUUGUCAACCUCUAGUCAACGCGAGCUCUCCUUGCUAUGAGGACAGGGAGUGUAUCGUGGGUGCCGACUGCAAGCCAGACGGGACUGGAACCCGAACCGUCUGCACGUGUAGGCAGGGGGUUUAUUACGAGGACGAGUUGAAUAUUUGUCGGCCCCUCAUCAACGCGAGCGACCCUUGCCGGGAAGUAGGUCAGUGUAUAUUCGGCGCCGAGUGCGAGAGAGACAGAAGGACGGGGCAGCUGGAGUGUGAAUGCCAGGCCGGGUUUUACGAGGAUCCGACCGACCAGUCGUGCAGGGAGCUGAAGAACACCUCGAUGACCUGCCAGUGGGAUGACCAGUGCGUGGACGGGGCCAGGUGUGUGGUGGAGGACAACAACGACGGCGGACUGACCGCUACCUGCCGGUGUAACCAGCUGCUGUAUUACGACGACGGGCUGCUGUGUCAGAGCCGCAUCAACGCCACGCAGCCGUGCUCGGAGAGCGGUCAGUGUAUACAGGGAGCGGCGUGCAAGCCUACUUCUAUCCCCACCACCAGCGUCGUCGUCGUCGUCCCGGGUUCGAAUCUCGUUUGUCAGUGCGAGGACGGGUUCUACGAGGAGGGUUUGUUGUGUCAUCCGCUGAAGAACGCCUCGGAAUCCUGCUCGGCCAAAGGUCAAUGUGUUGCGGGGGCGGAGUGUAAAGGUGAGGUUGGCGACGCGAGGUGCACGUGUUUAGAGGAUUUUUAUCAGGACGGUCCGACUUGCGAGCCGCUGAAAAACGCGACGUUCCCUUGCGAGGACACUCGAGAGUGCAUCCGAGAAGCGAGGUGCGAACUGGAGUCCUUCGGCAUGAAGUCGUUUUGUCAGUGCAGGAAGGGAUACUACGAGGAAGAUCAGGCGUGUCGGGUGGUGAAAAAUGCAACGGUUCCUUGUUAUGACGUAGGCCAGUGUAUCGACGGGGCGGAGUGCGUCAUGAACGUGACGUCACAGGUGAUGACGUGCGACUGUCUGAGCUCUCACUACCGAGACGGUUUGCGGUGUUUCCCGUUGAUCAACGCGUCACGGGACUGUACGGCCGAGGGCCAGUGCGUACCCGGUGCGGAGUGUGUGCCCCUCGCAGACCCGAUGGUGACCGGCGAUAACAUUAUUAUGCAAAUGAGAUGCGAAUGCCUCCAGGGCUUCUACCAGAACGGAGACCUGUGCAGUCCCCUCAUCAACGCCACCGACCCGUGCACGGGUCAAGGUCAGUGUAUUUUUGGCGCAGAGUGCGGCGGAGUUGGAGGCGGUGCUGCCUCCCGCACGGCCAUCACUUCGGGAAAUCCCGCUGUGACGCCACAGGGGAAUUCCCUGAUGACGUCGUUAUCGGGAAACCCCGGUAUAGUCUGCGAGUGCGUAGAAGGGUUUUACGAGGAAAUGGAGAUUUGCAAGCGUCUGAAGAACGCGAGUGACGAGUGCUCUAAAGAUUACGAGUGCCUAGAGGGCGCCAAGUGUCUGAGACCCUGGGACGCACAAACGUGCAUGUGUGUUGGGGAGUACUUUCAGUACGAUAGAAUCUGUAAGAAGUACGUCAACGCUACGGAUCCGUGCGAUGACAAGGACAUGUGCAUCGAAAACGCCGUCUGCCUCAAGAAUCGCUUGGGGGAAUCGUUCUGCAGGUGUACGGACGAUUACUACUCGGAAAACGAAGUGUGUCGUAAGAGAAUCGAUGCCGGUCUGCUGUGCGAAAAGAACGGCACCUGCAUCUUGGGCGCAGAAUGCUCCACCGAUAACAUUUGCUCCUGCGUGGAAGGUUUUUACCAAGAGGGCUUGGAUUGUCUCCCCCUGAUUAACUCGUCCCUCCCCUGUGACGUCACAGAGCACUGUGUCGCGAACGCCGACUGCGCAGGGAGCCCGCCCGAGUGCCGAUGUCGCCCGGGAUUCUUCGAGACGAACGGCAAGUGUAAAAAGAGUAUCGAUGCCGGCGACAACUGCGAUCGCCCCGGGACGUGCACCGAUUACGCCGAAUGUGACGUCAACGGGGGGAACAUCUGCGUCUGCUUCGAGGGCUACUACGAAGAGACGGGGGACUGCAAGAAGAGGGUCUUGCCGGAGGAGGCGUGUUCAGAUUUCGGGCAAUGCGUCACCAACGCCGAGUGCGAUUUGAGAGAUCUGGUGUGUAAGUGCGAGCCUGGGUUCUACACGUACAUGGGUCAGUGCAACCCAAAGAGAGAUGCCGGGGAGAGGUGUGAGAUGACCAUUCAGUGUACUGACCACGCCAGAUGCGCGGUGGACACUUCUGACGUCUGCGAAUGUCUCCCGGACUUUUACCAAGACGGAACGCGCUGCGUGCCCCGGGUCAAGGUCGCAGCUGCGUGUAACUCCACCUUGCAAUGUGUAGCUAACGCUUUGUGUGACACUGGGGCAGCGAAUGCGGACUCUUCUGUCGCCUGCGCGUGUCGGGAAGGCUUCUACACCAAAGAUGGCCGCUGCUAUGACGUGAUAGAGGCCGAAAAACCUUGUGAAGUCGGCCUAGUGGCUCAGUGCGUGGAGAAUGCGGAGUGUGACGCGGCCUCCAGCCUGUGUAAGUGUGACGUGGGCUUUUAUAACGACUCAGGUGGCGCGUGCAGACAGCUCGUUCCUCACGGCGGAUCGUGUGAGCGGACAAGAGAGUGCGUGGCGAACGCCAACUGCUCCAGGGCGAGUCUCCUGUGCGAGUGUCUUCCCAGGUUUUACCACGACGACAAGGGGGAGUGUCGGAAGCUGAUAGAGGUCACCGGAACUUGUAACACGUCACGUCAGUGUGUGUACAACGCCAGCUGUGACGUAGACCUCAACGAGUGUUUGUGUGACGUGGGCUUCUACGAGUCUUACGGUCAGUGCGAAACUCUGAUUGACGUGGGAAACGCUUGCAACUAUACUGCACAAUGCACUUUCAACGCCAACUGCUCGAGCGCGACAGGCGAGUGCCAGUGCGAGUAUGACCAUUACAGUAAAGACGGAAAAUGUCGGGAUCGGGUCACCGCAAAAGACCCUUGCUCGGACUCUCGACAAUGCACGCAUAACGCCGUAUGCUCUCCUCUAACCAACCGCUGCGACUGCGUCACUGGUUACUAUGACGACGCGUUUGGAUUUUGCGUUGAUCUCCUAAACACGGGACGCUCGUGCAACGAGUCCAGACAGUGCACGUUUAACGCCAGCUGCUCCACCAUCACCCAGACGUGUGAAUGUGACGUGGGCUACUACAGAAAUGACAGACUCGGAUGUUCCGAGUUGGAAAAAGCGGAAUCCCCGUGCGAGGAAACGAGACAAUGUACCUUUAAUUCUGACUGCGUCAUCACAUUCCCGUAUGGGGAUAAACUUUGCAAGUGCAGAAAAGAUUUUUACGAAAACGACGGCAAGUGCCCAGAACUCGUUCCCGCCUCGGGGAAAUGCAACACGAGUCGCCAGUGUACUCACAACGCUUCGUGCGACUCGGCCUCCGGAGUUUGCCGGUGUCUUCCGGACUUUUACGAGGACGAUUCGGGCGGCUGCAGGCGGUUGUUGCGUUCCGGCGUGGCGUGCAACGUCACGAAACAGUGUGUCCGAAACGCCAAUUGUAAGGGGGACCCGGCUCGGUGUGAGUGUCUACCGGGCUUUUUCUACGAUCAGGGUUUGUGCACCGAUUUGUAUAAAGUUGACGAGAGGUGUAACAACACGAACCAGUGCGUGAGCCAUGCCGAGUGCGCUUGGAGCUUCCCGCUCGGCCGAGUGUGUAAAUGUAAGGCGGACUACUACAACCAGAGCGGUACCUGCUUGAAGAAAGUCGAGGCUGGGUUCGAUUGUUCGGAGACUCGGCAGUGCACGAAUCACUCGAUUUGUUCGACGAGUUCGAAUACAUGCGAGUGUUUGUCCGAUUACUAUAACGAUACGGGUGGGUGCGUGGAGCGAAUACCCGCCGAAGGGAGGUGUGAGAAGGAUUACCAGUGCACUCACAAUGCUGCGUGUGAUGAGAAAGGCGUCUGCGCGUGCGCGAUGGACUACUACAACACCACAGCUGGGGAGUGUGUGAAGAGAGUGAAAGCGGAAGAGGACUGUCUCAAUACUCACCAGUGUACUCAUUUCGCGGUUUGUGACCGAUACACCGAUACUUGUAAAUGCCUUCCCGAUUACUACAACCAGUCCGGGGAAUGUCUGAAAAGAAUCGGUGCCAACGAGAACUGUGAAGAAACUCAUCAGUGCACUUGGAACGCGAUGUGCAGUGGAGUCGGGGUUUGUGAGUGUUUGGAAAACUUUUAUAACGAGACCGGGGUGUGUAAGGAGAGGGUGGUCGUGAACGGUCGCUGUUCGAACACUCAGCAGUGCACACAGUACAGCGAGUGUGACGAGACGCUGAGCGUGUGUAAGUGCCUUCCGGACUUUUACAACACAUCAGGCGUGUGUGUCAAGCGUGUAGAGGUGGACAGCACGUGUCAGAGGUCACACCAGUGCACGCAGUUCGCCACGUGCGAGUUCCCGGGGUUGUGCAAAUGCCUGCCUUCCUACUACAAUGACACGGGUUUGUGCGCGGAAAGAGUUCCGGUCCAGCAGCCAUGCGACAGGUCUCACCAGUGCACGGCUCAUGCCUUUUGCUCCUCGUCCGGACAUUGCGAGUGCGACCCGGACCACUACAACUCUACGGGGACGUGCGAGAAGAGAAGCGAAGUGGGCGGGGCUUGUGACUUCUCCCACCAAUGCACCGCCCACUCGACGUGCGAUCCCGUUUUGGAAACGUGCCAGUGCGAGCCGAGCUAUUACAGCGAACUGGGAAGAUGUGUUUCUCGUAAGGUCGUGGAUGAGAAGUGUUUCGGCACUCACCAGUGCACGCGCAACGCAAGCUGUGUGCUCCUCACGUGCAAGUGUGACCAGGAGUUCUACAACCAAUCAGGCGCCUGCAUGCCACGCGUGGGGGCGGAGCGAGCCUGUGAGACCACCCACCAGUGCACGAGCCACGCCUCUUGCGACCCGCUGACGUCACUGUGUAAAUGUCACCACGAGUUCUUCAACGAGACCGACGGAGCGUGCAAGAAAAGAGUUCCAGUCGGCGAGCCGUGUGGAGAGGGCUACGAGUGCACCCACAACGCCCUCUGCUCCGCCACAUCCGGGACAUGCGAGUGUGAGCACAAGUACUAUGACGAGUUUGGGUUGUGCAGAGAAAGGGUCAACGCUUCGGGCGACUGCAGACAGUCGUACCAGUGCACGCAUUUCUCCUUCUGCGACAAGUUCUCAGACACGUGCACGUGUGUGCCGGAGUACUACAACCAAUCGGGACAGUGCCUGCCUCGCAGGAAAUCCGGGGAACCUUGCGAUUUCACCCACGAGUGCACGCACCACGCAGAUUGUGAUGACGUCAGAGGCGUGUGCGAGUGCCACGCGAACUAUUACGACAUGUCCGGUUUGUGUUUGGAUAAAAAAGCGGCCGGGAUGAAGUGUGAGAGAACGGAUGAGUGUACGAAGAACGCGUUCUGCGACAGCGACUCGAGUACGUGCAGGUGUCUGAAGGAGUUCUACAAAGAGCAAGGGCAGUGCUUAGAGCGCGUGCCCGUGGAGGUGAACUGCCGCGGUUCGUACCAGUGCACGCACAACGCGACCUGCUCCAAGCUGGAAGACGUGUGCAAAUGUCUGCCGGAGUUUUUCCACCGGUCCGGGCGGUGCUUCGAUCGCGUGGCCGCCAGAGAGGCGUGUAACGCGACUGAGGAGUGCACACAACACGCGCUCUGCGACCUCGACACGCGCACGUGCGAGUGUGAGUUUCAUUACUUCAACGAUAGCGACGGGGCGUGUCGGGAGAGGAUCCAGGCCAAAAAGCCGUGCUGGGACUCUUACAAAUGUACUCACAACUCGGUGUGCGACCGUGAGAGCAGCACGUGCGAGUGUGAGCACGAGUUCUAUAACGAUACGUCAACGGGGAUGUGCGUGAAGAGGAAAAAGGCCAACACGCGGUGCUCGGAAAGCUUCGAGUGUACUCACGAUUCCACGUGCGACGAGCUCACGGCGAGGUGUCUGUGCCUGGAAUCCUUCUACAACACAACGGACGGCGAGUGCAGGCAGCGUGUCAACGCGUCACAGCCGUGUAGCGCUACACACCAGUGUACACACUUCGCCGCCUGCUCUGACGUCACGGGGACCUGCGAGUGCGCCGACUCGCACUACAACGAGGGCGGACUGUGUCGGAGCCGAGUGCCCGUCGCGAAUACCACGAGCAUCGGAGGGGGCUGUGAGCAGUCGUACCAAUGCACGCGCGACGCUGUGUGCGAGCCGUACUCGAGACGCUGUGUCUGCCUGCCAAGCUUCUACAACGAGUCCGGAGCGUGUAAAGAAAGAUCUGCGUCGGGCGAGUAUUGUAGAGAGGACUACCAAUGCGUUCAGAACGCGACCUGCAACCUGUUGGCCCGAAAAUGUGAGUGUUUACACGGUUUCUAUGACGACGCCGGGGGUUUCUGCAAAAAGCGGAUCGACGCAGGAGAGCCGUGCGAUGAAACGAAACAAUGCACGUUCAAUUCCCGGUGUGCGUUGAACGGGGGUGCUGCCACUGGGGGUGGGGCCAUGUCCUGUCGUCAGGUGUGCCGAUGUCUGGGCGAGUACUUCGACGCCGGCGGCUCAUGUGUGGAGAAGAUCCCGGCCGGCGGACUGUGCUCGGCCCCUGGUCAGUGCGCUGGUCACUCGAAGUGUGACGUCAGCACUGCGCGGUGCACGUGCCUGCCCGAGUACUUCAACGACCAGGGGGUGUGCAGGGAGAGGGUGAGGGCCGGGAAGUUCUGCGACAACUUCGGACAGUGUAUCGCCAACGCCGAGUGUGACGUCGACUCGUACAUGUGCGCCUGCGAAUCCGAUUAUUUCCGAAGCGGAGAGCGGUGCGAGAGGAGAAUCGAUGCCGGUUCCGCGUGUCGGAAUCGGGGUGAGUGUGUUCGCUUCGCGGAGUGCGAUCUCACGGAGAAGGUUUGCGCGUGCGGGAGUGAGCGCUACAACAACAACGGCGCGUGCGAGCCGCGGCUGAGAGCAGGGGAAGCGUGCACAGGGCUGAACCAGUGCAUCCGACACGCCGAGUGUGACGUCACCGCAACGACGACGACGACGACGCCUACGUGUGUCUGUGACGUGGGCUUCUUCAACGAGAGCGGGGGCUGCUUCGAGCUGUUGGACCACGGAACCGAGUGCGUGAGAGAGGGCCAGUGUACGUUCGACUCCUCCUGCGAGUUUGUGUCUAAGUACGUGAAGAACUGCGUGUGCCGGGACGGGUUCUUCGUGGAGGACGGCAAGUGCAGGGAGAGGAUUGGCGCCAAGAAAAGGUGCCGCGUCUUCGGCCAGUGCGUGGCUAACGCGGAGUGCUCGUCCGCCAGCGGGCUUUGCGAGUGUGAUGAUGGUUAUUACGUCAAUGAUACGUCGUCGUCCUUUGGCACGUGCGUGGAGCACGCCUAUUGUGACGACAGUGCGUUUUGCCAGUGUGGCGACGGCUACUUCAACUGGAGGGGAGAGUGCAGGGUCAUCGUCAGGCCGAACGAACCGUGUGACGUCACAGAGGACCAGUGCGUGGCGCAUGCGCGGUGCGUGGAUGCUGCAGUAGCCUUCACCUCCUCGGGCGCCAUCUGCUCGUCUGCCGAGGGCUGGACCUGCCAGUGUGAGGACGACUUCUACCGUGACCUCGACGACCUUUGCAAGAUGAGGGUCAAGGCCGGUCGCAACUGUUCUGCCCUGGGUCAGUGUGUGGCCUUCGCCGAGUGUGACCUUGACAAGAGUCAGUGUGUGUGUGAUGAGGAGUACUACAGGGAUGACCAGGGCACGUGCCAGCGUAGAUUCAACGCUGGGAACCCUUGCUCCGCCCUCGGCCAGUGCAUCCAGCACGCGGAGUGUGACGUCACCACGAGUCAGCGCUGCACGUGCGACGCGGACUUCUUCGCAGACGAGGCGGGCUCGUGUCGCGAGCGGCGGAGGGCGGGGCGAGAGUGCUGGGGGCGGGGCCAGUGCGUGGCCCACGCGGCGUGCAACACGGCGACGGGCUACUGCGACUGCGAGCGCGGUUACUAUAACGACGCCGGCGUGUGCCGCACUCUCGUGGCUGCCGGGGAGCCGUGCCGCUCGACCAAUCAGAGCGAGUUCUACAACGCGCGGGGUGUGUGUGUGGAGAAGGAGCAGCCGGGGUCAAAGUGCACGAGCUUCGGCCAGUGUGUGGCGAGGGCCCGCUGUAGCCCGAUGAGGGGCGUGUGCGAGUGUGAGGAGGGAUUCUUCCAGGCCCGGCUGCCAGUGAUCCCAGAGACCGGCAAAGGUGUCACGGCGGCUGAAUUACCUGUCAUCGUCAUAGCAUCAGCCAUUGUGGCCUCCCUCUUCUUCUUGUUCCUCUUGUGCGCAUUGUGCUUGAUCCUUUUCCGACGCAAAAAGCAACGAAAAAAUCUGGACGACACAAUGAGCACCAUAUCGGACUCUGCCAGCACCACCAGCACCCUGAAACCCCCUCGGCCGUACUUGGGCUACGCCGUGCCGUUCUACAUGCCACCACCCCCGUCCAUCACAAGUGGGCAGACCCCGGCCUCCGAGCUAGCCUUGGAGUUUUACAAGCGACCGCAGAAAAGCAACGGGGUCAACGACCAUGACGUCAUCAGUGCCUCCAUGCAGCUGGAUGACGAGGAUGUGUGAAUGUGACGAUGGCGGCUAGUACAAAAUACUGUUUGGCUGUUGUUGUUUUUUUACAUUGGCUGUUUUGAUUCUGUUAC